GGGUGUUGGGCCUCAGGAGUACACCCUUAUUAAAAUGAAGAUUGUUGAGCCAUACACUGCAAAAUUCAAGUCAAAAGUCUUUUAUAGCAGUGGCAUGAAGGGCAAAAACAUCUUCUUGGUGGCGGCCACUCUGAGACCGGAGACUAUGUUUGGUCAGACAAACUGCUGGGUGAGGCCGGAUAUGAAGUAUGUGGCUUUUGAGACGGUGAGCGGAGACGUAUUUAUCUGCACACGGAGGUCUGCGCGAAACAUGUCCUUCCAGGGCUUUACCAAGGAGAACGGAGUGGUGCCCGUCGUCAUGGAGAUCCUCGGACAGGAUAUAUUGGGAUGUGCCUUGAGUGCCCCUCUGACGUCCUAUAAAUAAUCUAUGCACU